CACGUGGACCAUUAUGAUCGAUGGCCUCUGCAAGGCAAAUCGCCUACCCGAGGCCACCACCUAUUUCGCGAAGAUGAAGAAGAAAGGUACACAAGGUGCACAGAGCCUACUUGCUGCUCAAGGAGAUGAAAGAGUCGGGGCUUGCUCCAAAUGUGGUGACUUACAGCACGGUUAUCCAUGGAUUCUGCCGGCAGACAAAGGUUGACACGGCUUACAAGCUCUUCCGGCAAAUGGUGGAGAACGGCUGCAUGCCAAACCUUGUGACUUACAACACGCUGCUCUCGGGGCUGUGCCGCAAUGGGCUCAUGGACGAGGCUUAUGAGCUCUUGGACGAGAUGAGGGAACGGGGGCUCCAACCGGACAAGUUCAGCUAUGACACCCUCAUGGCUGGGCUUUGCAAGACUGGGAAGAUCGAUAUGGCUUUGAAAGUCUUCGAGGAUAACAGCAACGGUGAUUGUCCUCCGGACGUUGUAGCUUACAGCACUCUCAUCGCUGGGCUUUGCAAGACUGGAAGGCUUGACGAGGCUUGCAAGCUCUUUGAGAAAAUGCGAGAGAACUCCUGCGAGCCUGACGUUGUCACUUUCACGGCACUCAUGGAUGGACUGUGCAAAGGGGACCGUUUGCAAGAGGCGCAACAGGUUUUGGAGACGAUGGAGGACCGGAACUGCACUCCCAACGUGAUCACUUACAGCAGCCUGAUCGACGGGCUUUGCAAGACUGGCCAGGUGCGAGACGCUCAAGAGGUUUUCAAGAGAAUGAUAGUCCGGGGCAUUGAGCCAAACGUGGUGACUUACAACAGCUUGAUCCAUGGCUUUUGCAUGACCAACGGGGUAGACUCCGCACUUUUGCUGAUGGAAGAGAUGACAGCAACAGGGUGCCUUCCGGAUAUCAUCACCUACAACACACUUAUUGACGGACUUUGCAAGACGGGAAGGGCGCCGGAAGCGAACAGGCUGUUUGGAGACAUGAAGGCCAAGUUUUGCAACCCGGAUGUUAUCACGUACAGCUGCUUGAUCGGCGGGUUUUGUAAGCUGGAGAGGAUCGACAUGGCUCGCACGUUGUUCGACGACAUGCUCAAGCAGGCAGUCCUCCCCGAUGUCGUCACUUUCUCGACACUAGUGGAAGGAUACUGUAAUGCUGGACUGGUGGAUGAUGCCGAGAGGCUUCUGGAAGAGAUGGUUGCCAGUGACUGCUCUCCGGACGUGUAUACUUACACAAGCCUGGUCGACGGCUUCUGCAAAGUCGGAAGAAUGGUGGAGGCGCGCAGAGUUCUCAAGCGAAUGGCCAAGCGGGGAUGCCAGCCCAACGUGGUGACUUACACCGCUCUCAUUGACGCGUUCUGCAGAGCUGGGAAGCCGACAGUGGCUUACAAGCUGUUGGAGGAGAUGGUUGGCAACGGCGUCCAGCCGAACGUUAUCACGUACAGGAGCUUGAUCGGUGGCUUCUGUGGGACUGGGGACCUGGAAGAGGCUCGCAAGAUGCUCGAGAGACUGGAGCGCGACGAGAACUGCAAGGCGGAUAUGUUCGCGUACCGGGUGAUGAUGGACGGGCUGUGUAGAACAGGGAGAAUGAGCGCAGCUCUGGAGCUUCUCGAGGCCAUCAAGCAGAGUGGCACGCCUCCUCGCCACGAUAUCUAUGUGGCGUUGAUCAGGGGGCUGUGCCAGGGGAAAGAGCUCGGCAAAGCCAUGGAAGUUUUGGAAGAGAUGACGCUCUCGAGGAAAAGCAGGCCAAAUGCCGAGGCUUACGAGGCGGUGAUCCAGGAGCUAGCGAGAGAAGGGAGGCACGAAGAGGCAAACGCGCUCGCAGACGAAUUACUUGGUAACAAAGGCCAGUAAAGAGAGAUUGUAAUCACAAAUCCUGAAUAUUGUGUGAAUACUAUAGAUGUUCUCCUGGUAUGUUUCCUAAGGCUUUUGCAGAAAUCAACAACAGUGGCCUUAAAACUUAUGUUCCAUACCACUCAUUUGCUAGCGAUAAGUCAAAGCCUAUAUAUCCAUCGUGUCAUAACAGAAUGUCAUUUACUUUUUCAA